AUGACUGCACCCCCUCGUCUGUCUGAGGCUCGGCUCAGUCCACAGGUGAAUCAGAUCGAGGCCGAAACCCGCAUGUGUGGCGUCGGUCACACAAGAGCCGUUCCGAACCUUGCAAUUGGAUUGCAGGAUCGACGCUGCGACUGCUUGACUCAGAGCUGCGCAGCACAGUCACGACUUGGGGAGACGCAGAGCCGUCAGGGGGAAGCAUUUCUCCGCAGGCCCAACAACCCCCCCUCCGCGCACAUUGAGGCUCCCGGUGCGCCGUUCCGAGGAGGGCCGAAUAGCCGUGGGCUGGCGGACCGUUCUGCAUGCAGCAAGGUUUCCUCUCAGAUGCGCUCUGGCGCGUGCCAGGCUAGUUACACCGCUGGUCGGUGCUGA